AUGGAUGUGAACGUGGUAGAUGAUGAGGCACAAUACCAAGCCAUUCGUCACAAUGACAGAAUAUGGAGAAUACCAAUACGGAAUAUCAACGACAAGAAAGUCCUCCUCUUAUCCGACAUUCAAUCAUUUAUACCCUCAGCCACAGGUGUAGUCAGCAACGACAAGCUUGUACCUUUUGUCAUUGACCAGAACACAGGCGCCCAAUUACUGCCCAAGCGAAUUGAAGUCAAAACCGCCGGCGCAAAUAUCUGGGACAUAUUACACUCUGACCCAAAUGACCAAGAUGUGUCUACUCGAAUAGCGCAGCUUGAAAGCAAAUACGAAGAUCUUAUUAAUCGACUGGACCGCUUAUUACCAGCCAGUGAUGACACCAGUCUUGAAACCAACCCACUGCACUAUUUAGUUAUCAAUCCAAAUUCACGGACUCAGUUGGACGAAGAUAUAACCGAAAGCAGCGGCUCGUCCGACUGUCAUCGCCAAGCCCUCAGCAGUGACGGCUUGUCACAUGAAAAUGAUGAAUUGAGCGAAGGAAGCAACGAUAACGUAGAGGUGACCCCGUAUGCAGUGGAUACAUGCGACGAUGCGCGGCACAUGAGUAAUACAGUACCCCGACUAUCCGUCGGCAGUACUCUUCCAGUACGUCAGAACACAGGAGAUCCGGAUGAACCACCAUCGUAUGAAAAUUCCAUCCUGGGUAAUAUACGAACAUUGACAGAACGACUGUUGGAGUUUGAGGCGCAUAUAGGGAAUCGACACAAGAGUCCACGAUGGUUGACGGAGCGGAAUGAAUGGCUUAGUCGAACGCCAGGCAAUAUUGAACAAUUUGCCAUUCAUCUUGUGGAACUCGAGAUGGCUUUGCUGUGGACCGCCGUUGCUGAGAGUUGGAUCAAUGAACGAGAGACUUGGCUUAAUCUUGUGAUGAAUGCUCGAUCUUUACGGCAUCUGGCUGGAGCUCUUAUCAGUCUUGAACGGCAUACUCUUGUUCUGGACGAAGAAUGGCCAACGGUCCGAGAGCGAUGGGUCAACGACUUGUUGGAAAUGCUAGUUGUUCCCUACAGCCAUUCCUAG